GGAAAAAAGAUAACAAUUAUGCGAAUAAGUCAGUAUUGAAGCGAAUUUAAGACAGACAACAUCAUGUUUCUUCUAGGGGGUAAAAUAAUGUUUGAUACAAUUCAAAGCACAAUGGAAAAUGCUGGUUCUAGCAAAGUCGGGUUUCCAGUACCAAAUAGAAUCCCACCCAGAUAUGAAAGUUCAGCGAGAACUUCUGCAAUGCAAACAGUUCACACUUCACAACCACCAGCUUAUCUAAAUUCAAAGCAAUUAAACGAUUCAAGCAUUGUGAGUCCCUAUUUAGGUCCAAAACCGAUACUUAUCACAUGCUCAACAUGCCUCACAACUAUGAAAACCAAAAUCCUAUACGAGAAAGUUGAAACAAGUGACGAUGGAAGUUUCAAUUGCUGCUGUUUAAGUUCAAGAAAAAUUAAAGAAGGACAAUUUAAUGGAGUAAUCAAUAUUCUCAAUUCUAUUAGAGAAGCUUCAACGACUCGUUCUGGUCUCUCAAUUCUCGGGCACUGCUACUACCAAACUCAAGAUUUUAUUGAAGCUAGCAACUGUUAUGAAAUGCUUUGCGAACUUUGCCCUGACGUUCCUGAUUACAAACUUUAUUAUGGACAAUCUUUAUACCAGUCUGGGUUGUUUGAUGAAGCAAUAAAAGUCACGAACAUGAUUGAAGCUGACCAUUUGAAAGAGAAAGUUUUGCAGCUUCAAAGCGCAAUUUAUUUCAGUAAUGAAGAUUAUGCUGCAUCUCAGUCAAUUCUCUUGCAACGACAAUCAGGAACAGCGCAAACAUUAAACGACGAAGGUUGUUUGUUAUACCAAGCGAAUUUUCAUGAUGAAGCAAUGCAACGUUUCUUUUCAUCACUUCAAACGGGUUUCAAUCCUUUGACAGCUUAUAACGCUGCUUUGUGUCAUUAUAGAAAGAAAGAAUUCUCACAAGCUCUCAACUUGAUUGGAGAUAUCAUCGAAAGAGGGAUAAGAAAUUAUCCUGAACUUGGAAUCGGUGCACAAGCUGAAACUGAAGGUGGUGCAAGAAGUGUUGGCAAUCCACCUGCACUUUCCUUAUCUGGUCUUGUUCAAGCUUUGAAUCUUAAGGCAGCGAUUGAAUAUCAAGAAGGAAAUGUUGAAGGAGCUCGUGAAGCUCUGAUGGAUUUACCGCCACGAUCAGAGCCUGAACUUGACCCUGUCACUCUUCAUAAUAUGGCGUUGACUGGUGAUCAAUUAAAUGGAACUGUGAAAUUAAGACGACUUGCAUUUUUAUUGGAACUUGGACCAAUAUGUCCAAUGGAGACAUUUUCAAAUUUAUUGAUUCUUUGCUGCAAACAUGAAAUGUUUGAUACAGCUGCUGACAUUCUUGCUGAACAUGCUCAACUAACUUAUAAAUUCUUGUCACCAUUUCUUUACGAUUUGCUUGAUGCAAUCAUAACAUCACAAACAUCACUUGAAGAAGCUGAAAAGAAGUUGGGAGUGUUGUCAAGUAAUCUUGCAACUCGCUUAAGAACAUUAUCGUCGAAAGUUCAGGAAUGUCGAUUGGCAUCAGAUCAAAAUGCUUUGAGAAAUGCACUACGGGAAUAUGAAAGUGUCUUGAACGAUUAUGAACCAGUUGCAAUGACACGCGCUUACAUUUAUUGGCGUGAAAAUGACUUCACAAGUGCUGAAAGAGAAUUUCGUGCAAGUGCAGAGUUCUGCUCAGAAACGACAACAUGGAGAUUGCAUGCAGCUCACGUUUUGUUUAUGAGAGGUGAUAAAUAUAAAGAAGCAGCAGCGUUCUACGAGCCAAUUGUUCGUCAAAGUUAUGAAGAUAUCUUGUCAGUGUCAGCGAUUGUAUUAGCAAAUCUUUGUGUCGCUUAUAUUAUGACAUCGCAAAAUGAACAAGCUGAAGAAUUAAUGCGACGAGUUGAAAGAGCUGAAGAGAGAAAGAAUAAUAGCGAAACUCAAUGCUUGCAUUUAUGUAUCAUAAACUUGGUGAUUGGAACACUUUAUUGUGCUAAAGGAAAUUAUGAAUUUGGAUUAUCACGUAUUGCUCACGCUUUGAUGGUUGUUGAAGGUGAAGCAAGCACAAGAUUAUGUGCUGAUACUUGGCUUCAUGUUAAACGAUGUGUCUUGGGACUCUUAUGUGGACUUGCAAAGCAAAUCAUCGUCCUACCGUCCAUAGCGAUUCAAGACACGGUAAACUUUCUUCAUGCUUGUGAAGUUUACGGCUUAACUACGCCGUCAGUGUUGCGUGAUGAUGAAGUUGACGAUCAACCAACAAUCGGUAUUGAAGCACGAGAUCUUCGAUAUCUUCUCAUGAAAAUUAUGGAAUACGAGUAA